GGCGGGCGGAGGCUUAGCGGCGGGAGGGAGAGCCGAGACGCCAGCAGCACAGACGUGGCUGUUCUGCGCCGGGCGCCUUCCCUCCCACCGCUGUGGACGGGGCCAGGGGCUGAGAGGGACGCGGGGCCGCCCCAGGCAGCCUGUGGGGCCGAGGGAGGGUGGACGGAAUAGCCGCUCAGGCGGGGGACAGAGGGCGAUGCGUGCUUGUCUUAAUCUUCGCGCAGCGGCAGCAGCAGCGAGCCAGGCGCAUCUGUCUUCCUCCCCGGCACGGGCAGGACGUAGAGAAAAGCGAGGUGACCCGGGUCCUAUUGGAAGACCUGCCCGCCCGCAGUUUACCUAGACUUGGCCAUUGCUGCUGCCUCGGAGAACUGCUCACCCAGCAGGCUCCGAAAAAGAGAGAGAGCAGAAUCUCCCAGAUAUCCCUUCCAUUUCUUCACUCGCCGACCUUCAGAUGCAGCUCUCCGUGCCCUUGUCCAGUGUAGUUUGGGGAAUGGAUAAUCAGACAGUGCUGGCUGUCCAGUCCUUGCUAGAUGGCCAAGGAGCAGUGACAGAUCCAUCAGCACAAACUGUCAAUACAUCUUCCACCAUCCAGUCUUUGGAUGAUGAAGAUGUGUUUCUUUGUGGGAAGUGUAAGAAGCAAUUCAACUCGUUGCCGGCUUUCAUGACUCACAAGCGGGAGCAGUGCCAGGGCAGUGCCCCCUCACUAGCUACAGUCUCUCUGGCUGCCAACAGUGUAUACACCCCAUCUAUUACAUCAGUGCAGCAGGCUCAGACCACCAAUCGGCAGCAGAUCUCUACAUAUAUUACAGUCCCACCCUCUCCUCUCAUCCAGACGCUAGUGCAGGGGAAUAUCUUAGUGAAUGAUGAGGUGCUGAUGUCGGCUAUGUCUGCUUUUACAACCCUGGACCAACCAAUGCCCACAGUGCAACCCUCUGCCCAGAGCAGCCUGAGUAUGCAUGCUGGAGCAGGAUACCUCCCUCAGCCACCGCCUCCUCCCCCUCCCCCACCACCUCAGCCUCCCCCUCCUCCCCCUCCAACUCUUGGAGCGCCAGGCCAGGGCAACUCAGGCAGCGGUGGAGUGGUGGAAGUGUAUAGCACGCCUGCCCCCAUGGCUGGGAAUGGUACAGUGGAGAUACAGAAUCUGGGGAUGCAGCCUUACCCGCCGAUGGAGGUGCCCAGCCAGUGUGUGGAAAGUUCUGUGUACCCCUCUCCUCCAGUGUACAGUCCAGGCAAGCAAGGUUUUAAAGCUAAAAGCCCCAACACUGCUGCUCCCUUGAACAACACAUGUGGCGGAAAUGUGACCAAUUUUGAUUCAACGUCUUCUUCUAAGAGUCGUCGCUCCAAAACAGACAGCAGCCUGCUAGAAGGAAAACCCAAGUCCCCCAAGCUGAAAUGCACAUACUGUGAUAAGGCCUUCACCAAGAACUUUGAUCUGCAGCAACAUAUCAGGAGUCACACAGGGGAGAAGCCAUUCCAGUGCAUCGUAUGUGGCCGUGCCUUUGCGCAAAAGUCCAAUGUCAAGAAGCACAUGCAGACGCAUAAGGUGUGGCCACCAGGAAUUGGGUGUACCAUCUCACGGAGCUCUGUCACUGUGCAAGUCAUGGCACUCAACCCCAGCCAGCAGGAGGAUGAGGAAAAUGCAGGCUUAAAUCCUGCUCCUAGAAGCAGUCCUCCACAGCCUCAGGCAAUGCCUCCCACAGAAGAGAAUGAGGCUGGCAAGCUGGAAGCUAAGCAAGUUGUCUUGAUUGAUAGUUCUUAUCAAUGCCAGUUUUGCCCCAACAAAUUCAACACCUACUUCCAGCUGAAAUCACACAUGACUCAGCACAAACACGAGCAGGUGUACAAAUGUGUGGUGAAAAGCUGUGCACAGACAUUCCAGAAGCUGGACUCCUUCUUAGAGCACAUCAAGAACCACCAGGAGGAGCUGAGUUACCGUUGUCACCUCUGCAGCAAGGACUUUCCCUCCCUCUAUGAGCUGGGUGUCCACCAGUAUUCCCAUAGCUUGCUGCCUCAACACAGUCCCAAGAAGGAUAUUGCCGUCUACAAGUGUGUCAAGUGCGUAAAUAAGUAUUCCACCCUCGAAGCCCUGGAGCAUCACUUACAGACAGCAACGCAUAGCUUCCCCUGCCCUCAUUGUCAGAAGGUGUUCCCCUGUGAGAGGUACUUGCGACGGCACCUCCCUACACAUGGGGGCGGGGGCAAGUUCAAAUGCCAAAUCUGCAAGAAAUUAUUCCGCCGAGAACACUACCUCAAGCUACACGCUCACAUUCACUCGGGUGAAAAGCCUUUUAAAUGCUCAGUGUGUGACUCAGCCUUCAAUAGGAAAGAUAAACUCAAACGGCACAUGCUGAUCCACGAACCUUUCAAGAAAUAUAAAUGCCCCUUUUCAAAUCAUACCGGCUGCAAUAAGGAGUUCAACAGGCCAGACAAGCUGAAGGCACAUAUUCUCUCCCAUUCAGGGAUGAAGAUCCACAAGUGCCAAUACUGUAACAAGGCCUUCAGCCGGCGAGCCCACAUGGUGGAGCACCAGCGCUCCCACACUGGCAACUACAAGUACCGCUGCCCUACCUGCAGCAAGGGCUUUACACGCCAGAAGUACAUGAAGGACCACAAGUGUAGACUGAGCUCCCCCAAGGACAAAGAACUGCCGGUCAGAAAAUCCCAGAAGAAGUGGGGGACUCGGCGGAAAGUGGGGUUUCCUCUUUCCACUCAAUUGGCCUUGACAGAACUGAAAGACAGUAUGAGCCGAGAGAAUCCUCAAAAAGGUGGUCCCAGUAAAGAACCGUUUCCAGAGCCAGACACAGUCCUGUCCAUUGUGGUUGGCAGGUCAGCUGCAGCAGUGUCCGCCACAGAUUCAGACCUUGGCACUCACAGCCCUCGCAGUGGUAUCUCAUCCAACCUUGCCUUGACUGAGUUGCAGCCUGGCUCAGAGAGUCCAUGUGCCAUGCUGGCAGUCCCUGUUUACAUCCAAGCCACUGACUAACUGGAUAAUACUGUGACUUGUGUCCUCUUAAUAAAGGGAAGGCAGUCCUCUGUUGUUUGAUGGAAACAUCCUGCUGCAGGGGAUCGUGAAUGAACAAGAAGGUGGUAUGUGUGGGGGGUGGGAGGGAUGCAGUGCUGCACAAACUACCAUUCUUUAAAAAGUGUGUUGGUAAGAAAGAAAGUGUCUUCCCUUGUCCAAAUGAAUUAGUCUGGAAGAACCUUUAAUGUACGGCAGGCACAAAAAGAUGAGGCUUGUUCACACAAUCCGAACUUGGGCAGGAGAUGCGUCCUACUCAAGUCCGGGAGCUGCACAAGCUCCUUAUUUCUGAUUGUGUGUGCGUUAAAAACAAGGCAGUGGUCCCAGUAAACCCCAGUUUGGUAGGAUGAGCGCGCCUUGCCUGUGUCCUCAGCUUCAGAACAAGCUAGGACAAAUAACGGUCCUCCCCAGCUGGAGAUUAGCAAGCGAUCAAAGUCCCCAUUUCCUAACUUAUGUUUAACUCACUCAUGAUCAGGAAACAGGAGCAUGCACAGCUGCUGGACAUGUCUCCUACCCAGGUUCUGAUUGUGUGAAUGAGCCUAUGGUUAUGCUUUUCAUUGACAGAUGGUCAGUGAUACUCAGUGAGUCCUGAACCCUGCGAGGACAACAAUCCACAUUAUUGGAAUAACUUACAAAUAUCUCCCAAGACUGAAGUUUUAUUAUAAUUAAUAUUGCUGUUGUUGUAGUAGUGCAUCCCAUUUGUAGUUCCACCCUCCGAUCUAUAUUGCCCUGUAUCUGGGCAGUUAGUUUUUUCCAGCUGUGAGCAAACAAUCCUUCCUACUGGAAGUGAGUCCAUUAUGUGAUCUUUUGGGAAAAUCAUUCAUAAAUAUCCUCAUAGACACAUCUUGCAGCUCUUCUUUUCUGAUGUGCAUAGAAAAGGGAAAUUAUUUGAUACAAAUACAGUCGACCAAUUGAAAUGUCAACUUCCCCCAUUAAGUCAGUAGGAUUUUCAGAUGAUGAGCAGCAGGCUAACAUGAACAGUGACAUAUCUGAGUACACUAUUUGGAAGUAGAAAUGUACUGGAAAUGUAUAGGUAACAUGUGUCUGUGGAGAGACAGAAACUGGUAUCAUGACCAGAGGAUGAUUACUAAAUCAUCUACAGUGCAUAAAGAAGAACUGGGGAUGAGGGGAUGCAAGAAAAAAAUAACAUGAUGAAACAGUUCUAAUAAUGAACCAUGUCCUCACUAAAGUUAGAUCCUUUAUUUUGUAUUUUUAUAACACCACAGUAGGUGCACAAAACCGGGUUGCUGGCUUGGUUCGAGUCUGGACAACUGUUUUUGUGCACCUCAACGCCCCCUCCCCCCCACCAUUCGAGUUCAGGGGGUUUGCGAGUCUACAAAAAAAAUCAAUUAACCCCCCCCCCCCCGAAAUAGAACUCACCGCGCUGUUCCGGGGGCUUCUCUGUGGCUCUGUGUGUGUGUGGUGGGGGAUUCUCCAGAUGUUCCCCCACCGGCUUCCAUUAUAUUCCAACUGGUUUGGGUGGUCUUUGGUCUGUUUUGGGCCUCGCCCGCCCCUGUGGCAGUGGCUGUUUUGGAGGCCACACAGAGGCCCAUUGGGCAUGUGCGGCGGCCUCCAAAAUGGCUGCCAUCAUGGGGUGAGAAUGCCUAAACCAGGUGAUUUGGAAUAUAAUGGAGGCCAGUGUGGGGAGAGGGAACUUCUGGAGAACACCUUGCGACCUCAAAGAAGCCCUUGGAGCAGCGGUGGUGACUUCUAUUUCUGGUGGGUUUUGGGUUUUUUUAAUUUAAGACUCGUGAACCCCCUGAACAGGCCAGAGGGUUCAGCUCGAGAUCGGACUGAACCGGGGGUGGAGAUUCAAUCCGAUAUUGAGCCAUCAAACUGAACCUAUUCGCACAUCCCUACACCACAGAACAGUAUACACUUAAGGUAAGACUGGAGUUCUAUAAGGUACUUGACUGAUGGGUUCAAAUUCAUGAUCCAUCUACCAGAAGAGCUGCUUUGGAAUGAUCUGCUGCUGUCUCAAACCACUUGUUUGAUGAAGGUGAAACUGCUACUUGAUUGGUGCAUAGGUACAUAGGAAACUGCCUUCUGUAGAGUCAUUCCAUUGGUCCAUCUAGCUCAGUAUUGUCCAUCUACAUUGGUCCAUCUAGCUCAGUAUUGUCUACAUUGCCUGGCAGCGGCUCUUCAAGGUUUCAGGCAGGAGCCUUUCCCAGCCCUACCUGGAGAGGCCAGGGAUCAAACCUGGGAGCUUCAGCAUACAAAGCAGAUACUCUACCACUGCGCUACAACCCCAUUCCCUGGCAGUAGCUUGGAGUGAUUGCCCAGAGCUGAAUAAAUAACUGCUUUAUAUUCAUUAAGGACCAAAAGCUUUCAGGACUUGUAAUUACACUGAGUACCAAAUUUAUAUGAAUAUUAUUAAGUAUAAUUCAUGUGAUUACUCUGUUGGCUGUCAAUGGACCACUUAGAUUGCUGGUGUUAUCCUGUGUGUCAUAGGAUACCCACAUGCAGUUGUUCUCAAAUGUCCACACAGGUGCACAGAUAUACUUCAUGAUACCUGCAGAAAGCUCUGAGUCUCCUGGCAUCUUAAACACUAUGUUUUACCAAAGAUCUUGUUUCUGCUGCUAUUAUUAUUUAUUAUGCUUGUAUCCUGCCUGUUCUCUAAGCUCAGAGUGUCAUUUUAUCCUCACAACACCCCUGUGAGGUGGGUCAGGAUGAAAGAUACUGAUUUGCCCAAGGGUCAUUCCAGUGAACUUCACAACUCAGAUUUCUUACAUAUAAACCCAGCACUCAUUGCAUUGUACUGAAUUUGAUAGUCAAGUCUCAAAAUAUCCAUGAGAUUGCCUGUUUGAACCAAGGAAGACUAGUAAAUUUUGAUUAGUUGAAAGUGGCUCCAUAUUUGUUAUGGGCUCUGCAAGUUGUUGAUUGUCAUUUACAUAGAGAAGAUAAAGGGAAAGCACUUUCGUUAGACAUCCUCAUUGAUAAUCAUAGAUUUUGCACAUUCCAAUUCAAUUUGAGUAACAGCUGCAUGCUGCUGAUAUGGAACAGAAGUAAUAUAAGAUGCUUGCAGGUUUUCAUGUAUAAAGACAUCAUUUGUCAUAGUUGCUAAUAGCAGAUGAGGCCAUUCACACAACCGAAAACUGGGUGGGACAAGUGAUGGGACAAGACAGCGACCCAGAUUUGGGAGCUGUGUGUGCCCCCAAUUUUUGUUUGUGUGGGAGUAAACAAUUAGGUAGGAGGAGGGAGAUGUGAUUAUGUGGAAUCAAGAUAGGAGGGGAAACAGCUCUGUCCUACCCAGCUUUCAUACCCAGCAUUUGACCAAGGUACAAGGGAAUGUCCUAUGCCGCUUUUCCUCUUUCCUUGAUUCCACACAAUCACUUCUCCCUCCUCCUACCUAGUUGUUUGCUCCCACACAACUGAAAAUUGGGAGCACACACGGCUCACAAACCUUGUUAGGACACUUGCCCCACCCAGUUCUCGGUUGUGUGAAUGACCUUGACGCCUCCUUUAGAUGAAAAGGAUAGGAACCUGCUGCCUGCCAAAGGACAGAAUGCUCUGAGAGCACCUUCAUUUAAAAAAGGUUAUUUAUAGAGAUUUCCUUAGUCAUUAAAUUCUGACUUCACAGAAAGGUAAGAUACAAUCUGCGCAGUUCAGACAUCCUCUGUUGUUCAUUUGAAUGGUUUUUCUGAGGAGAGGGGAAAAACAUGGUAGUAUUCUUAACACAGAUGAUGAAAGCAAUUAGUGUAAUUGCAAGCAAUGCCACUAACUUUUACAAAAUACAUUUAUUUGUUAGUUAUCUCAUGAAUUUUUAUCCCCCUUCCCCCAUUUUUCAAAUGUAGUUUCCAAAGUGAUACACCAUCAAUACAAAAAUGCAAAAAAUAGAAGUUUCAGAUCAAGCAGCAACAACCAGGCCUCUAAUAGUAAAAUAUAACAAGAUAAUAGCUAAGCAUCCUGUUUAAAAGCUCUCAACAGAUAAAAAUAAAAUGACUGUCUAUAAGCUCAGACAAAUCACAGUCUUUAGCAAGACCCUAAAGCUUAAUAAUGGCUAGUUUGGGCAAUACCUUACUAGUCUAUGCAAUUAGAAAGGACCCAUGUUGAGACUGUGCCUGUUCUGAGGUUUUCUGUGGACAUCCCAAUGCCGUUCUGGCAUGUCCCUUUAUUGGGGGCAGGGGUGGAUGUUAAUCUGAGUGGAUAUUCUACAUGUGCUCCAGAGGAGCAGCCAUUCAGAUGAACAUCCCCAUGCAAUAAAGGGGCACAUGGGGCGAGGGAUCAGAACAUCCACAAAACAUCACGACUGGCACGCUUGGGGCUUGUCCUCUUCGGAUCGCCUGGGCCAGUAAGGUAUUUCUGAACCAGUCCUAGAAAGGUGACCGGUUUAUUUCAUAAACAGGACCUCUCCCCAGUUGCUAUUCACCUCACCUCAACUCUAUGCAUUUAUGACUAAGGGCACUGAAAAGGGUUCCCUGCCAAGCCCAGGCUCAAGUCAAGUCAGUGCUGCUCAGAAUUAAGUAGUUUGUCUUGAGGGUGAUACCUCAAUUUUUACUUUGUUCAAUUGUCUCUGCAGAUAAUGGAGAAGUUGUGAUGGGAAGUGUUGGUUAUGGAAGCCAUAACAUCAUCGCAGAUGAGAACCAUUUCCUAGGCCUGUCCAUAGCUAAUCUAAUGACUAUUAAUAUCUCAUUAUUUAACAUCCAGUGUGAGCUGGACAUCAAACAUAGGGAUUUUUUUUCAUGCACAAUGGAAAGGUGUUUCAUUAGCUACUGGUGUAUAUGAAGCAUCACUCGGAUCUAUGUGCACUGUAUGGUUUUUGGAUACUUAUAAAUUAACAGGGAACAACAUAUCUAGUUUUAAAUUGUCUUUAAAACAUACUUUUUACAAUGGUAUAAUAUGUAUUAGUUCCCUACAUCAGAUGAUGAAGCCAGCAUUUGUUUUGAAUAAAUGAUUUUCAAGAUGUCUGUUGAAAGCUCUUUAUGGUUUGUAAAUGCCCUCUUCAGAAGUACUUUGUUAUACUCAGUUACUGUAAUGUUAUUUUAAAAUCUCACCAACUCACCAGUGCCUGACAUCUAGACUAAUGUUGUGCGCACCAAAUAACAUUUUGUGGGUGCAAUGGGGGAUGGGUGGUUUUCUCUAAUCUCUCCUUCCCUCUGCAGCCUUUUGUGCCUCCCCAAAAUAUGUCCCUGAGGGCUCUAGGAUCCUAAGGGACAUAUUUUUGGGUGGUAUAGAAGGCUGCAGAAGGAAGGGAGGAUAUCACCAAAAUGUACAUAUUAUUCAGCAUGCAAAACAUUAGUCUGGAUGUCAGCUGGCAAUU